GGGGUAUUUCAUCUGUGUGCCAAUCUCGGGCCCCAUUCAGUUUCAUCUGAGACUUUUGGCGCAGCGGUCGAUACUGAGGGAGAGCGAACAGAGAGAGCUCCGUUGAACAGGCCCCAAUAAUACGUGAAACUCAAGCAAAAACCUCGUGAAAUUGAAUAUUUUCGUGAACAAAAAAACAAUAUCCAUAAAACAAUACACAAGUGAUAGACAAACUGGAUCUGAGUGUGCUUGCUGUUCAGUGUUGUGCUGCUGCCAUAAAGAAAAAAGGAACAAUUAACUUGAGUGGAGUGUAAUGUGCUCUGGGCUCUGCAUUUUGCCGUCGCUAGUUGUACAUACUCCGGUAGUGCUGUAGUGCAGCUGACAGGCGGACCAUUUAGAAAUCUGCCCGCGAAGGAAAAGGAGCAGCUCUACAAACAUUCAGACGCACAUUCUAAUCCCUGGGAAAUUGUUGGCCUGCCAAGCCUCAAGCUGGGCGAUUACCGCAAAAUGACACGUGUCAGGCGCAUUGUGCGCUUGGCCUAAAAGUAUGCUGCAUCAUUAGUGUCAGAGCGAAGGAUUCCACGCAACAAAAGAGACACCAACAGUAGUCGACUGCAGCAGGGAAAUUGAAAAUGUAUGCUCAUUAGGAGGACUCAGGACACCGAGAAGCCAGAAGGCGGGUAGGACAAAAACCAACGGCAAAAGCGCAUUAUAAGGACCCCCGAAACGACAAGUUCCUAAGACAAACAGCGGCGGCAACACCAACAAACCUACAACCAACAGUCUGUCAUAAUUACCCGACAGCAACAAAGGGGAAGAAGAUGGGUCGAAGGACAGCUGGCAAAAGUCAAGGACAAGCUUAAAAGUAUUUCGCGAAAGCAUGAAACGAGAGCGCCAGACCCGUGCAAGUGACUUCUGGUAUUCGCCCAACAAAGUGUAUGAAAUGCCAGCCUCCUCGGCUAGCUGAUGCGCCAAUAAAUUCUGAAAAUAAGAAAAAUUAACAGAGAGCUCACCGGGGCUCUUUGCUGUCGAAUUAUAGCCAAGGAAAGUGAUAGAUUCGAUUAGUAAUCCAAAAAGCAUCAAGCAAACGAGAAACAUCGAGGAGAACGCCAUCGACGACGAUAACUCUGACAAAGACAACAACCGGAGGCUUCUUUAAUUUGUCAGACGUACCCGUACCUCGGGCCACGCCUUGUCACUCCACCACCGACGACGAAAGCCGGCUGGAACGUCCUCUCGGAUUUCCGUAAAAUUCAUCGCUUUAAGCCAACAAACAGCGAGUCAUGCCGGAGCAGGAUAAUUACGAUGAUGAGUUGGUCUCCAGCAAUCCGAAUCAGCGGAACUGGCGUGGCAUCCUCAUCGCCCUACUGGUCAUCAUCAUUGUUCUCGCCCUGAUUGUUACUUCGGUGGUGCUGCUCACGCCCCCCGAUGAGGGACCGCGCGUCAAGGGCCAACGAAUCAAGCUGCAGGACAUAGUCGAUGGCCUCUACAUGCCACAGCAUGCCAACGGCAGUUGGAUCGAUGGCGAGGAGUUCCUCUAUCAGGACCAUUUGGGUCGCAUCUGUCUGCUGAAUGCAGCCAAUCGCACGGAACGUAUCCUCAUGUCCAAUGUGACAUUUAAAACCUUGGCGCCCUUCACUUUUACCAUAUCGGCGGACAAGCGUUAUCUGCUGUUGGCCCAAAAUGUUGUGAAAUUAUUCCGGCACUCGUACUUGGCCCAAUACACGCUCUACGAUAUACAGACCAGCGAGAGCAUCAAGCUGCGUCACAGUCCACAUCAGGAUGAAUGGCCAUAUCUGCACUAUGCCCGAUUCAGUCCCCGUGGCAAUGGAUUGGUCUGGGUGCACAGCUACGAUAUAUACUAUAGAAAGGAGGCGCGCGGCACCACAGCACAUCGCAUAACCCAUGAUGCAGUGCCUGGAGUGGUCUACAAUGGCAUACCCGAUUGGCUCUACGAAGAGGAAAUCCUUCAUGCAAAUAAUGCAAUUUGGAUGUCGGACACUGGCCAACUGAUGCUCUAUGCCACUUUCAACGACACGAACGUCCAGGAGCAGCACUUUGCCUGGUACGGCACGACGGGUCCAUCUGCCAGUGGGGCUGCAGCAGCAGCUGCAGGCACGCCCGGAGCAAGUGGCGGCUCAUCGUCGGUGGGUGGCAGUAAUCCGUAUGCCAACCUUUACCCGGAAAUCAGAUCCUUACGCUAUCCAAAACCCGGCACACCAAAUCCGACAGUAACUUUACGUGUGGUCGACCUCAAGGAUCCCAAGAAGGUGCACAUCACGAGCCUGCGACCACCGCAAAUAAUAGCAAAUGAAGAUCAUUACUUUAGCAGUGCCAGUUGGGUAAGUGGCACAGAGAUCGCUGUUGUCUGGCUGAAUCGGCCACAGAACAUAUCCGUUGUGAGCGUGUGCAAGAGUCCGUCGUUCGAGUGCAUUGAGACCCAUCGUGUGAGUGGCGAUGGACGUGGCUGGGUGGACACCGUCGCCGUGCCACUGUUUGCGGCCAAUGGAAGUAUCUAUGUGGCCAUCUCUCCGUUACGCGAUGGCCUGUUUGGCUAUUUCCGGCACAUCGUGCACGUGGACAUCGACAAUAACCGAGUGCUGCCGCUCACCCAUGGCGCCUACGAGGUGAAUCGAUUGUUACACUGGGACCAGCUGGAUAAUUGGAUCUACUUCCUGGGCACCCCGGAGCGUUUGCCCUCGCAGCAGCAUUUGUACCGCGUUUCUGCGCUGCCCGCCCGCCAGGGACAGGCACUGCACACGCCCGACUGCAUCACGUGUCCCGCUCUGAUGCAACGCUCCGAUAGCUACGAGGAGGGUCACACGAAGUCGCCGCCGAAGCUGGUCACCGCCUGGGAUGACGACUGGGAGGACUCUGAGGAGGUGGAGGCUCCGCCACCGGCCAUGCCACUGGAGCAGCAGCCGCGACCGGGACGCGGACAGAGGCCACCGCUGCCGCCGCCACCCAGCGAUUGCCUCUACCACGAGGCACAGUUUCCCAUCACGCUGCAGGCGCGUUACGUUCUGGUGGAGUGUCUGGGCCCUGUUGUGCCCACCUCAAUUAUCUAUGGCCUAAAGUCGGCGAACAGCCCACCAACGAGUGCCAAGGUCAAGCGACAGAGCACCCAGCAGGAGGAACCCUCAACGGAGGGCGGCGAGCAGAAGGCAGAGGUCGAACCAAAGUCACAAUUUUUGGAGCUACUCGUCACGAUCCAGAACAAUACGCGGCUCAAGGAGAAAAUGGCCAAGACGGCGCUGCCUCAGGUGAAGACCUUCCCCGUGAUGAUCUCCGGCGGCUAUCAUGCCCAGGUGCGGCUCUAUCUGCCACCCGUCUUACGCGAGGAUGAGAUCACUCGCUAUCCCACCAUUCUGCAUGUGUAUUCGGGUCCGGGCACACAGCUGGUCACCGAUCGCUGGCAUGUUGAUUGGAACACCUAUUUGUCGGGCAGCAAGGAUUACAUUGUCGUCGAGAUUGAUGGACGUGGCUCUGCGGGACAGGGCUACCAACUGCUGCACGAGGUCUACAAGCGUCUGGGCAGCGUUGAGGUCUCCGAUCAGCUGGAGGUCAGCGAGUAUCUGCGGGACAAUCUGCACUUUAUUGACUCGCGUCGCAUGGGUGUCUGGGGCUGGAGCUACGGCGGCUACACGGCUGCUCUGGCACUCGCCGGCCAGCAGGAUAUAUUUCAGUGUGGCAUAAGUGUCUCACCGGUUACCAAUUGGAAGUUAUAUGACUCCACCUAUGCCGAACGUUAUCUGAGUUUCCCCAAUGUUACGGACAACUACAAGGGCUACGAGGAGAGUGAUCUGUCCAAGUAUGUGGACAACCUGCGCGAUCGUCAGUUUUUGCUCGUCCAUGGCACCGCCGAUGACAAUGUGCAUGUGCAGCAAUCGAUGGUACUCGCUCGUUCGCUGACCAGCAAAGGAGUGCUCUACAAGCAGCAAAUCUAUCCGGAUGAAGGACACAGCCUAUCGGGUGUCAAGCGGCAUUUGUAUCGCUCAAUGACUGCGUUUUUCGAGGACUGUUUCAAGAAGCUGAUCGAUCAGCAGCAACAAAAUCAAACAGAUUCCAUGGAUUUCCUGGACUUUCAUAGUUUCUAUGGGCGCUAAGUUUUCUGCUUCCACAAAAACCCUACCAACAUCCUUCAGAUACCUAGGUGCCGCCGGAGUCGAAGGCUGGCCUGGGCAAUGGCGGCGAUAUGCAGCAGUAAUAAACAUAAUUUUAGAGCAGGAAUAAUUCUGAUGGCACAACUCAAAACGGAACGUGGGAACGAAAUUGCAUUAAAUGUGAUUUAUCAUUUACAAAAACAAACCAGAAACCAGAAAACACACAGAGACACCGAGACACACAGCCAGAGGCAGGAGAACUACUCACUUAAAUGGCAUUUUGUUGUAAAAUUAAUAAGCCAAGCAGAAACACUACUACCAAAUCCAGGAAAAGGCAGCGAUUCGGAGGACGAGCCCAGUCAGUGUGUGCCCAUAAAAAGCGCAAACAAAAUACGAAUGUGUAAAGGAGCAAAAUCAACAUGGUUGUGAAAACAUAACUUCCACACAGAGGCACAGAAAACAGCAGCAGCAGACACACAGAUAAAAACAUGCUUACACAACACACACAGGCACACGAACACGAUGCUACAAGAGAGGCAGCGAGCGAGAGCAAGAACGACGCGCACAAAGGUAGGCAAUAAAAAAUUACGCAUGUGGCUCCUUCUACGGUGACAGGUGUAACAUUUUAAUGCCCUUGCAGAGAGCGGGUAUUACCAAAUUCAUAUUGGAAAUAUUCCUGAUCCACGUGACCUUCAAACUGUGCUUUCUAUCGCUCGAUCUGCAAGGGUAUUAAACGCGUCGCUUCGCAGAAUCUGCCUUUCUUUAUUGUUUAUUCUUGGUUGCUAUAACUUGUGCAGUUUAUGCAUAAAUAUCCAAUGAACAGCAAACAGAAAUAAAAUGGCAAAACACAUUUAUUGAAAAGGCAAUCGCGAGCCAGCUGAGGUUUGAGGCGUCAAACGGAAAUUGCCAGCAUAAAUCAAAAAUUUUGACAACGUUCCAAAUGACAUUUUUGGGGUUUGGUGUAGUAAAACAUUUGGAUCAUUUGCUAAAAUUUUUAAUGGAAGCCCAAAAAGUAAAGAUACAUUUUUGAAAUUUUGCUCAUAAUUGAAUAACUUUAUUUUCGAUUAAAGAGUGUCUCAUUUGCAUAGCUAUCUUUAGAAGACUCUUUCUCAAAUUUAAUGUCUGUUAAUCGCACAUUUGAUGAUUGAAUUUUAUGAUAAAAUUUACUGCCACCAAAGAACACAAGCGAAAUUAAACAGAUUAAUGUCCGAGUUGUGGCCCCGUCCGUGCAAUGCCCUCGCUCAGCUGGUGCGAAAAAGAGAUAGAGAGAGAGAGAGAAAGAAAAUGCGUUUUCAGUAAAGUUUAAUUAAAUCAAAUGGAAGAAAAACACAGCCACGCAACAGGCCAUAACACAAAAAGCAUAAAUAUUUGAAAUGAAACGGGAAUGUUGGUACCAGAGACGCAUGCAAAAUAAUUUCGUAUAAAAACUGAAUUGAAUUGAAUUUGCAGGGAGCAAACCGGCAGAAAAACGCAAAAUUGCCAAAGUAAAAUUAAAGAGGAGAAAAUAUACGAGUAUAUAUGAGAGGGAAAACUCCAACCAGAAAUUAAAAAGCAAAUAAACAAAUUUAAUAGUUUAAAUGCAUGUAAGUAGCGCAACAAAAUAUUUCAAAUAUUUAAUAGACAAAUUGAAUCGCGUUUUUUGUUAUUAAAUUUUUCAUUGCCACAAGAACGUGGCAAGGCAAAAUACAUUUCUAAAGGAGAAAGUAGUAGUGAAAGUAGAAUUAAUCAAACCAACUAGCCCAUAAGCGAAGGAGAACUAAAGCAAAGUUGAAUGAUGAAAAAUGAUGAAAAAAGGUCAAAAAUAGCUGCGAUACACAAUAAACAUAAAAAGAAAAACAAAUGAAUGACACAAAAUAAUGCACGAAUUGUAUGCAAAAACUGCGACUGUCACAGGCACAGGAGCGGGAAACGUUGACAAAGGACAAAGGCACGUUGAGGCGCCAAUGACACCGCAUCGCACAGACAGUCCCAGUCCCAAUUAGCGUGGAGAAUCCUCCACCAUACAUACAUAUUUUCCCAUCCCAUUCAAAAUAUGGCAAUAGGCAGUAAAGGAUUAGCUUUAAUUAGAUUUCGGGCAUGCCACACUUUAUUUUUUCUUAUUUGCGAGCGGCAGUUAAUUAGCAAACCGCCAGGCAAAUUCUGACUCGGUUGCGGCUCUUAAUUAUGAUGGUUGUGCAGGCUGACAGUAGCACAGAAGCAGCUGUUGAAUAUGGUUUAUACGGUUAUAGGAUAGCUCGGUUCGGGUUCUGCAAAACUAGAGGUGGGGCUUGACAUAUGACAACAGGACAGCCCUGUCAGUGGUUUCGAAAAAACGAGAAUAUGGGAGGAAACUCCCUCAGCAGAUCUCCAAGGAUUAAUAUUAAUAUUAAAUUUUUUCUUAGCAAAUAAUUUAUACAAAAAUGAUGUCAAAAUCUGGCAGAAAAGCCUUUAGAUCUUAUUGCCAUGAAAACCCCACUAAUUGUUGCGAUUUGUUGGGAAAACUACUUCUUUUUUAUGUGACGUAAAGCUCAAGUGAAAUUAAACCUAAUUACCAGGGCAGCCUUAAAAUUAUACUUUGCCGUGUUACCAGUUCAAGUUGUGGCACCUUAGCAACUUGGUAGUACCCAUACAAGUAUGUGGAUAACCCUUUAUAUCCUCGCAGCUCGGCAGCAAUCUCAAUGGCCUCAAAUUUCCAGCAACUUUCAGGGCAAUUUUAAUAAUAAAGCCACGAACAGGUCUCCCUAGCCUCAAACCCUUCGUGUGGCUUAGAGAUCCCCCAGGUAGGCCUCUUUUGGUGGGUUGGUUGGAAAAUUGCAAAGGCAACAUAAAUUUCUGUCUGCUCGACACUUUUAUGUGCGUCGCUGGCGGUCUCUGCCCGUUUUACGCGUUUUUAGACGCUGGCAAAGCGCAUGCCAAUGUUUGGCCAAGUCCGGGUGUACGUUUACCCCUCCACAAUUAACUCGCACACAUCUACAAAGAGAAAAGCACACACACAGAUACACCACCUGGUGUGGUGUGGUGUGGUGUGAUGUGAUGGUGGUCGUUGACGGACGGGUGGUUCUAUGUGUGGGUUUUAGGUGUUUAUUUUUAGUCUGAAAGGUCGUCACAGCUGUGUUAGAUGUCGGAAAAACUGAGUCUGCGGCUGUAAAAAGGCCAGCUGCUACCCCCCCACAACUUCUGUUGACACACAAAAAAUAUGAAUGGACGAAGGUGUUUUGCCUUAAAUGGAUGCCAGUACUAGGUCCGGACAUCCUUUUGCCUUCUUUUAGAUGAAGACAUAAGUGCGAUGCCGUGUGACGUUCGGCGUCCAUUGCGUGUCAUGCGGAAAUUGAAAUUGCUCUAAGAAAACAAAACGAAUACCGAAUAUUUAAAUGCUUUCUAUGUAGAGUACUAAGGACCAAUUACCAAAGAAACAAAGUGAAAAAAAUGAAUAACUAUUAUAGUGCAUACAUACAAGAACAUGGAGAACAUGGAGAAUUCUAAUAGAGAUAUUAAUGAAAUUUGCAAUAUAGUAUUAUAAAUAGAUAACGACACUCGACCUACGAUCUACGACAUAAUGAAUAAUUGACUCAAAUACCAUUUAGUAAUUAUACAAGCAUACAAUACAAUAUAUAUACAUAUAUAUCUAUACAUAAAAUAUACACCUACUGAUAUAUAUUCUGAUAUAUACAAGAAUCAAAUAACUAUAUAUAUAAACGAGUAUACAGUAGUCUAGUUCGUUUAGUGGAUCAAGCGUUUGCAUUAUUCGAGUUAUAAAACCAACCAAAAGAAACAUUUAAAAACAAACAAACAAAACAAAUUCUGUAAACAAGAAAAAUAUGAUUAGCUCAAGUGGAAACUCGGGUGGAUGAUGGCUCGGGUAGCUCUGUAUAAAAGGUAAACUGUAAUAUACGCCUAUGGAUAACUAUGAAUACUAUACUUUGAUAUAUGAUAAAUAUAUUUUAUAAAAAACUUUUACUCUUAAACAAUAAAAAACACUUUUAAUACUCUGUCUUCAGCCUUACCGUAAACUAUAAUAAUAAUAAAAAAACAGAAAAGAAAGUGAAUUUGGAACAAAAACGAAGAAUAGAAAAAAUUACUUAGCCUAACUCAAGCCUAAACCAACGAAAUCGAUUCCAAAUUGUUAGUUAUGUUGUUUUAGUGUACAUAAGCUUUAAUGUGGU